UUUUUUAGUCAUGAAACAAAGAGGGUAAAGGGUUGGGGUGGUCCCUGCUCCAGUGCUCCCUACUCCCUCCCUCCACGACCCAAUUCACACUUCCUGCAGGCUGCAGCGAUGCAAUCAUAAGUCGUCCUUGGUGGCGCACUCUUGCACCAACCCUGAAACAAAGUUCCACAAAAGGCCACAAUUUUCUUCAUCUCUUGUUCUCUCUCCUCCCCUAUCCUCAAUCACCCCACUGAUUUCCGAUUCCUCCCACCCAUUUCAUCCGAUCAUGGUCCUUCCAUCGCUGAAUCCCAGUUCUAAUUCCAUCUGCCACGAAAUUCUCGAACUUCAUAAACCCUGAUUUUGGAUUCCCUUUGGAUUCGAAUUUCUUAGUUUGGACCUUAAAUCCGAGCUUUCACAUGUUGUCUUGGUGAGAUCUCGAAUUCAGAAGACUGUAAAAGGAGUCCCAUUUUUAUUACUUUUGUUCCAUAUGGAUGCGGAAUCUCAUAAUAUUCCCUUGGAGGAUGAGACUGCAGAACUUUCCCAGAUGAAUAGUAGUGCAGUGGUUAACCAUUCUGACCAGAUGGAGGCACAUUGUGGCUUAUGCCAGAGGAUCUUCUAUACAGAUAAUGAGGUGAGUGAAGAUCCAGAAACUAUCAAUGUAUGCAGGGAUUGCAAAGCUAUGUUCCUUGAAGAUUUAGAGAUGACCAUACGAGAGUCUCAUCAGAGAAGGCCACCCAGAGGAAGAAGAGCCAGGUAUAGUAGGAGUUCUGAGUCAAUAGAAGAUCUAUUUUCACAACAGUUCUCACAUCUGAUUAAUCUGGUUAGACAUAACCAGCAUACUGUCCCCAUUUCUACCUUUGAGCAUGGUACCCAACUAAUAGAAGGUGAUGCUGCUGCAACGGGGCUGCGGCAUGCGAGUUCUCAUACCACUCCAAGUGGGUCUAGGAGAUGGAGGAGGGUGCUGUCUGACAAUGAAAGUGAGGGUUUUGAUAACUAUGAUUCUGUUUUUGGAGAGAGUGAAUCAAAUGUCAGUUUUAGUUGGAAUGGGGUUUUUCAUGGUGAGAGUGAUGCGAUUUCUUUCAGUGCUUAUGGUGGGGACUCUGAUAUAUCCGUGGAUGGAAAUGGUUUCCUGGAUAGAGAAAUCUUCAUCCAACCAGAUGAUGGAAGCAAUAUCAACAGUGAUACUGACAUCGACCCUAUGCAUGCAGGUCCUAAUUACUGGGACUCGGAUGACGAAGAUGUAGGAGAUGUUGGAUGGGAAGGAGAUGGUUUUGAGGAAAAUACAAUUGAAACCAGAGGAGCAGAAGGUUGGGUCCAAAAUGCUGUCACCAGGAGUCCUGGGGAAAAUGAUGGCCCCAUGAAUUGGCUGAGAGGGAUUCCAUCUCCUGAAAGUGGGGGUAUUCAUUGGAGAAUCCACGAAAGUAGGCGUACAUAUAUGGGUCGCUUUGGUGAUUAUCUUGAUUCAAGAGGCUUUGAAGAACUUCUUGACCAACUUGCACAGUCUGACAACUCAAGACAAGGAGCACCCCCAGCAGCUGCUUCUUUUGUGGACAGUUUGCCUCGUAUAGUCGUUAAUGAGGAACAGGAGAAGGGAGGCGGCUUGGUUUGUGCUAUUUGUAAAGAUUCUCUACCCAUCGGUACUGAAUCUACUCAGCUUCCCUGUUUGCACUUUUAUCACCCUUCCUGUAUUUUGCCAUGGUUGAGUGCUAGAAACUCUUGUCCCCUUUGUCGCUAUGAGCUUCCCACUGAUGACAAGGAUUAUGAAGAGAAAAGGAACGCUGCCUCUAGAACAAUAGGAAAUAAUGAGAUUCAGCAGCAGGACCCAAGUGAGGAUGGUUCCUCUGAUGUGUCCACUGAUUGUGAGGAAGAUGAAACUCAUGAAGCUGGUCUGGAAUGUGCAACAGUUAGCUCUACCAGAGGAGGUGGAAGAGGAAGGUGGUUUUUUCUUGCUACUGCUCCAAUUUUCAGCCUUGUUGGUAUUGCUCUUGUUUUGUGGUUCCGGAACUCUCAUGUUGAAGGUGGGCGAAGAGGCCAUUGUGGCUUCCAAUGGCAGCAUGGGCAGCAAGUUGAUAGAUCUUCUGGGAGAUCCUUCAUACAUGAUCAGAGGGAGAACAGGAAAAGGAGAUGGUGGUCUUUUUUCUAAGAAUUUGUGAGCCAGACAAGAAGAAGAGCAUAAUAGGUCGUAAAGUUGGAAAUUUAUGGGACAGGGCUUGGAAGAAGAAGAUGGGUAUGGUGGUGAUUAUUAAAAUUAACAGGCCGCAAGGCGCAAAGAAGUUAUCUGCAUCGACCUUGUCUAGAGAAAAUGGUCGGACAAAUAUACACCAUAUAGCCCAACCCUAAGAAGUUCAGUUUGUUACAGGACGUGGUCAAUUAGUCAUGCAUUCCAAUUGGACGCGAACACUGAACUGGGCAUUGCAAAUUGAUAAUUUUAGUUGGAAGAGGGCCCGGGAGGUAGGUGGGAGUACUGCUGUUACAUGAAGGCUUACUGUAUUGACUAGUGAGUGCUAAUUUUAUGGGUGGUGACUAGUGAAUUGAAUUGAUUACAUACAACUCAGAUCAACUAGUUUUAUGCCCAACAGGAAUCGUGUUCCACCAUUUACAAUUUGUCAAGACCCAAGGUUUGGACACAUCCAAUUUGUUGAAUGUGUUGAUAAAGAGAUGAGCCAGAUUACAAUUUGUCAAGACCCAGAUUACAAAAACCAGGUAAGCCAGCAAGAAAAGUGAAAAAUAAACACCAUGAACAUAUUUACAAACAAGGAAACGGGAUUGAUACGUGUUAUUGAGAUUUGUAAGCAUCCUGUGGCCUGUCACUGGGUUCUGAUAGACUUUCUCAAUAGCUUUCCUAUAUGCUAGUCACUCACGCACCCCACAGCCACACCCCACAGGCAGGUAAAUCCCUAUAAGUACAUCCCGGUCCUAUCUUCGUUCAUUGGACGCGGGCUCGCGGGGCUUCAUUUGUCAUUCACUGGUGCACGUUUUGUUAAGCUCGCUCAGGCGCUAAGCUUCUUUCCUAAAUUCACUUCCUUGGAAGUUUAGGAUGGAAACAACCAACAGUUAUAUAUAUAUAUAUAUAUAUAGUGAGAGAGAGAGAGAGGUAAUAUUUGCAAUACUACUCUCAAAUCUUGCUAAAGUAUGAAGUGUGUAUGAUAAAUGAAAUACACUCGAUCUUGUAACAUUCUUAAUAGGUAGGUGUUUGGCAUCGGUGCUGGAAAUAUCUCACCAUUUUUUUUUAGAAAAAUGGUGUUGGGCAUGUGAAAUUGUAAGCAUUAUUUUUUUUCAGAAAAUGGCAC